AGAAAUUACAAGGCCAUGAUAGUAUCAUAUGCAUCCCUAGCUCCAAAAAGAUACAAGUACUCAGAGGUAAUGAAGAUAACUUCUUCUCGUAACGAACAGCUUGGUAAAGGUGGUUAUGGUGUGGUUUUCAAAGGAAGACUAUACGAUGGUCGCCUGGUUGCUGUGAAAUUCUUGCAUGACUGCAAAGGAAAUGGGGACGAAUUUGUGAAUGAGGUUAUGAGCAUUGGCAGGACCUCUCAUGUUAAUGUUGUUAGCUUAUUUGGAUUUUGUUUGGAGGGCUCAAAACGAGCUCUUAUAUAUGAGUACAUGCCCAAUGGUUCCUUGGAUAAGUACAUUUACUCAGAGAACCCCAAAGAAAUUUUAGGAUGGGAGAGGCUCUAUGCUAUAGCACUCGGGAUUUCUCGUGGCCUCGAAUACUUGCACCAUAGCUGUAAUACACGUAUCGUCCACUUUGAUAUCAAGCCCCAAAAUAUCCUUCUAGAUCAAGAUUUUUGCACAAAGAUUGCUGAUUUUGGUCUAGCUAAAUUGUGUCAUACAAAGGAGAGCAAGCUUUCAAUGACCGGUGCUAGAGGAACAAUUGGGUUCAUCGCUCCAGAAGUUCACUCUCGAACCUUCGGAGUGGCUUCAACAAAGUCAGAUGUUUAUAGUUAUGGAAUGAUGCAUUUGGAGAUUGUUGGAGGCAGGAGAAAUGUAAAAUCAAUUGUUGAAAAUUCCAGCGAAAAGUAUUUUGCAGACUGGAUUUACGACCACUUUGCGCAAGAUGAUGGAUUACAAGCAUGUGAAAUCACAAGAGAGAAAUGGAGGAAAUCGCGAGAAAGAUGA